AUGGGGACAGACUUGAAGUUCAGUACUGCAUUUCACCCCCAAAUUGAUGGUCAAUCAGAAUGGACCAAUCAAAUCUUUGAGGAUAUUUUGCGUGCUUGCGUAUUGGAUUUCAAGGGAAGUUGGAUCCAAUACCAACCUUUGAUUGAGUUGGCUUACAACAAUAGUUACCAGGCCACUAUUGGAAUGUCACCCUAUGAAGCACUCUACCGACAAAAAUUCACCCAAAAAAGAGUUGGAAAGUUAGCUUACCGAGUUGCUCUACCGCCAAAUUUGGCAGGAACACAUGACGUCUUCCAUGUGUCGAUGUUAAGGAAAUACAUCCCCAACCCCGAGCUAGUAAUAGAAUAUGAACCUUUGGGAAUCGAAGAGGAGUUAACUUACGAAGAGAAGCCUAUACGAAUCUUGGAUCGCAAUGAGCAAGUUUUGCACACUAUGACAAUUCCCAUUGUGAAGGUACUAUGGCGCAAGCAUGGGGUAGAAGAAGCAUCUUUGGAAGCGGAGCAUGAUAUGAGGAAUUGCUACUCACAUUUGUUUGAAGAUCAUGUGCUUAUUCUUUAG